UUUGCAAGUGGAGAAUUUGCGGUGUAGCCGAAUGAGCGUCGCGACCUACUCGCGCUGUCUGAUGCGGCGGUUGAGUGUCACAGAAGUCCGGGGAUUCACGUUGUUCCAUCGGGCCUACUUCCAUAAUUCUCUCUGCAUUGAUGAAAUACUUUCCUCUGAAUAGUUAGACAAAUAUUAUCGCCAAACGCUCAGAAUUCUGCUGGAGAAACUGUGAGCGAGACAAAUUUGUGUGGAUUACCCCCAUAUUGUUCUCAUCGAAAGCAGGAAGGUGCCGUGGAGGGCAUAGUGACUUGUCAUGAACGAGCCCGUAGAGAGCGGUGUAGUCUCGUUUGACGAGUAUGUGCGUCAGAAGGCCCGCAGUGUGCCCCAGCACCGUAUGAAGGAGUUCCUGGAGUCUCUGGCCAACAAGGGCCCCGAGGCACUGCAGGAGUUCAGCCAGGAGGACGGUGACACCACCACCAUGGUGUACCAGCAGGGGGGCAACUGUGUCUACACAGACAGCACUGAGGUGGCUGGCUCGCUGCUGGAGCUGGCCUGUCCGGUGCAGGUGAACUCUGCACAGAUCUCACCCCAGAUGGCUGCUGGUGUGCACCAGGGGUCUGAGCAGCAGAUACAAGUACAGGUGCAGAUCCAGGGACAGCAGGGUCAGACGGUGGACCUCCAGGGCAUCCCCACAGCAGCACAGCUGGUCCAGCAAGGAGAGCUCACAGAGGAGCAGCACCAGCAGAUCCAGGCCCAGUUGGUGGCAGCAGUGUCAGGAGGUCAACAGAUUAGACUACAAAGCGGUCAACAAAUCCAGCAUAUUCAACUACAAGGGGGUCAGCAAAUUCAGCUCCAAGGAGGCCAACACAUCCAGCUUCAAGGGGACUUACAGGGUGGCCAACAGAUCCAACUUCAAGGGGGUCAGCAGAUCCAACUUCAGGGGGGUCAGCAGAUCCAACUUCAGGGGGGUCAGCAGAUCCAACUUCAAGGGGGUCAGCAGAUCCAACUUCAAGGGGGUCAGCAGAUCCAACUUCAAGGGGGUCAGCAGAUCCAACUUCAAGGGGGUCAACACAUCCAACUUCAAGGGGGUCAACACAUCCAACUUCAAGGGGGGCAACAAAUCCAGCUACAAGGCGGGCAACAAAUCCAGCACAUUCAGCUACCAGGUGGUCAACAUAUUCAACUACAGGGUGGGCAGCAGAUCCAGUUCCAGACAGUAGAGGCCAUGUCUCCUCAGCAACAGCAGGGCUCUCCCCGGGAGGCAGAGAGGAGGGCGGGUACCAGCGUCCUCCAACCUGCCAAGAAGCGCAAGGUGGACGUCCCCAUCCAGGUGUCGUACUCCCUCCCUCAGGGCCAGCAGGGCCAGCAGGUGGUCCUGGCCCUCCCCCAGGGGCAGGGGCAGCAACAGCAGUUCCUGUCCCUCCGGCCCGACCUGCUUACUGUGGACAGCACCCACCUGUACAGCACCACAGGUACCAUCACAGGCCCUGCCGGGGAGACCUGGACCAUCCCUGUGUACUCCGGGGGGCAGCAGGGGGGCGUGCAUCACAUCGCCAUCCCCCAGGAGGCUUACAACACAAUGCAGGUGUCCUCCUCUGGUCACCACGACAACAAGGACAAUAGGGUGGCCCACUCCUCGUCGUCGGGGACUGGGUCCGUCCAGUCGGGCACCACGGUGUCAGUCUCCGAGACGACGACAAACGACGAAGUGGUGCAGACGCUUUUCCCGGCGCAGUUCAUGAACGGGAACAUCCACGGCCCUGUGGUGGUGCAGACGGUGGGAGGGGCUUACAACGCCACGCAGCAGCUCCACAUCUGGGACCCCCAGCAGCAGCAGGAACACCAAGAGCAACAUCUCCACCUACAGGGUCAUGUGGAGUCAGAGUCACAGGUGGAGGCCCCCCAGGAGCUGCUGCUGCCUGUCUCCCUGAAGCCUGAGGAGGGCAUGGACGUGUGGCGCCUCUGGGUCCAGCGCAAGAACACAGAGCUGGACAAGGACGAGCAGAACAAGCUGGCGCCCAUCGGACGUCGUCAGGCACUGCGCUUCCAGGAGGACCUGGUGUCGAGUGCGGUGGCUGAGCUCAACGUGGCUCUGGCCCUUAUGACCCAAGAGGCCCGGGGGUUGGAAGGAGAACAGUUUGAGCCUGAUGCCCUCUACUACAUCUUCCUGUGUAUACAGAAGUACCUCUUUGAAAACGGACGGGUGGAUGAUAUCUUCUCUGACCAGUACUACACACGCUUCUCCCAGUGGUUACACAAAGCCCUGGACGAGUGGAGGCCUGUCAUCCAUCCACUAGGGUACAUCAUUCCCAGUCACGUGACAGAGGAGAUGCUGUGGGAGUGUAAACAGCUGGGUGCCCACUCACCAGCCACGCUGCUCACAACACUCAUGUUCUUCAACACUAAGUAUUUCCGUCUAACAACGGUAGAGCAGCACAUGAAGGUGGCCUUCUCUAAAGUGCUGAGGCACACAAAGAAGAACCCGUCCAACCCUAAGGAUAAGAGCACCAGUAUCCGCUAUCUGAAGGGCCAUGGGCCCUUAGGAACACACCAUGCAGGGCAGAAAGUGACCGAUGACAUGUAUGAGGAGCAGGCUGAGGAUCCUGAGAACCCUCUGCGAUGCCCAAUUAAGCUGUAUGAUUUUUACCUCUUCAAAUGUCCCCAGAGUGCUAAGGGGCGUAACGACGCGUACUACCUGACACCAGAGCCCGUCGUGGCGCCCAACAGUCCCAUAUGGUACUCCACUCAGCCAAUCACGAGUGAGCAGGUGGAGCACAUGCUCACGCGCAUCAUCAUGGUGCGGGAGAUCCAGGAGGCCAUCGCCAUGUCGUCGGCCAGCAUGCACUGAGCAGGGGAGGGGAGGAGGAACUGAAAUGGACACACUAACCCCCGAAAUCAGCCUUCCUCUCUCUCAAGCGUUCCUCUUUGUGGUACCUCCUUCACUCAGUAACUAACUCUAAGGACCUCCAGUGGCCUCAGUCUCAACCCAUCACACCUGCCAACCAUAGGAGUGGGGGAGCGAUCGAUAGUGUUUACAGAGUGGACUUAUGGGCCUUUUUUUAAGGAAUAGACUCCUGCGUUUAUUCAUCUAAUGGCAGUUCAAUGGCAGUUAUGUCACCCUCAAUGCUGUUAUCUUUUUGGGGAUGGUCACACGUGUACGUAAGCCACCACUUCACCUAACCCCCCACCUCACUUCACCAUAGAAUUGUUUCCUGGACUGACGAGACGAGUGAGAUGGAUUUUGACAAAGUCACUAAAUCAGAGCUCAUCAUGUACUCCUGUAGGCUGUUGCAGCCCCCAAUAAAGAUGACAUGGUCAGAAAUGGAUGGUGAAAUAUUGGAUAUAUAUUCAGUCAUAUAAAUAUAUUAUACACAUAGUGACUUCAGAAAGUAUUCGUACCCCUUGACUUAGUCCACAUUUUGUUACAGCCUGAAUUAAAACGUUUAUUUUUAAUCUCACCCUUCUACACACAAUACCCCAUAAUGACAAAGUGGAAACACGUUUUUAGAAAUGUUUGCACAUUUAUUGAAAAUGAAAUACAGAAUUUACAUAAGUAUUCACACCCGAGUCAAUACUUUUUCUAGGCACCUUUGGCAGUGAUUACAGCCGAGGGUCUUUCUGGGUAAAAGGCGCUGCGUGGUCAAGCCAUACAGCAUUUACUGCGAUGCGGCCUCCGCAGAAGUCAGAGCAAACAUACUUUUUGCGCUUCGCUGAGCUGUUGUCAAGGAAGUGAGUUUGUGUUUAUACAGGACCUCUCGCCCCCACCUACCUUCAAAUCAGUCAUGUCAAUGCGGAGCCCUCCGCAUUGUUAAAACAUUUUGAGAGGCGCAUAGCGAUGCGGUAUAGCGAUGCGGUACGGAGCUUGAUUUGGCCUCUGCGCGCUUCAGGAGACUCCGCCUUAGCAUCACACCCUCCAUACAAACACUCUGAUCAAGUGUAAUUUGGCUUUAAGUCUUUAAGAGCUUUCCACACCUGGAUUGUGCAACAUUUGUCCAUCGUACUUUUCAAAAUCAUUCCAGCUCUAUCAAAUUGCUGGACAGCCAUUUUCAGGUCUUGCCGUAGAUUUAAGUCCAAACUGUAACUCGGACAUUCGGGAACAUUCACUGUCUUCUUGGUAAGCCAUAACAAAUGGGUUGAAUACUUAUUGACUCAUGAUAUUUCUGCUUUUUAAAUUUGUAAAAGUUUAUAAAAACAUAAUUACACUUUGACAUUGUGUGUGUGUGUGUAGGCCAGUGACAAAUCUCAAUGUAAUAAUUUUAAAUUCCGAUUGUUACAAUGUGGAAGAAGUCAAGGGGUGUGAAUACUUUCUGAAGGCACUGUAGACUACCCUAAGUAUUUAGUUGGAUAAUGAUGCUAAAAACCAAAAAUGAUUAAUUUGGCUCUCAUACCCCCAAGACAUUUGAACCUCUCAACAUGACCAAUAAGAGGUUAGCAUUUUUGUUGUUGUUGAGGAGCAUCAUUCACUCACUAUUCAGGAUUAAUUAAUGAUUGUCCAUAAUCAUGGUAGCAUCCACAAUAAUGUAGUGUUAACAAACAUUUUAUUCUUACUUACAAUAAAAGGUGACUCCAAAAUGACACAAUACAUUAUUCACCAUUCCUAUUGGGCAAAAUAUAAUCCGAAACACAACCAAACUGCAAAUGCAUCCACAAGUUUGUAAUCACGUAUGAAAAUACCUUCAAAUAAAAGGUGGCAUUCUGUACUGUCGCCUCAUAACAUUUGAUGUCAUCCAAGAUGCUAGAGUAUAGGGCCAAAUGUACAUAUUUUAGCUUCACUGUCCAAAUAAAUACGUAGGGGAGUGUAUAUGGAAAUGUACCACAUUUAACAUGUUAGCCCUCACAGGGACCCUCCUGUGCCUCUUGUCCUCUAAGCUCUCAGGUUCCAGACAGGACAGGAGCCAAGAGCAGAGUGGAUUACACACCAACAGACAUUUAAUGGGAACUCUGCUCACUUUUUUUUUUUUUUACAUGUAUUUUUAUUGGCAUUUAUGAUCUCCUGUAUGUAUUGAUAUUCUAGUGGUGUUGGAGGCUAAAUAAGAAAGUCUGUUUUUUCCCCCCAAA